AUGAGGACUUUCGGACCAGGACCACGCGACUUCAACUCGGCCUCUGAGAUUUGCGACGAAAGCAUCAAGGCUGCUAUGGAAAAUCUAUUGGCGGAAAAAGAUAUUAGGAUAGCUGAACUACUAGCCAGAAUCAAUCAACUUGAGAUCCAAGUCAAUAAAACUUCAACCACCCCCAAUGUUUCUCCUUCCAAUGACGCUGGAAUCUCUUUGGCUGCAGCAGUGAAUCAAACUGCAACCUCUUUAAAUCAACCGAAUCAACUCCAGAGCUUGCCACCCGAUGACGCGGAAAGCUCCUUAUCUGGAUCAUAUCAGUUCCAGGUCGAUUUAGAGAACAAACGUGAAAUUCCCGCAGUAAAUCCUUCUUCAAUAGCGACCUUAUCUGGACCUUCCUUAAGCGCAACGAAUCAGACUUCCAUAGAUCUCCCUGGAAUCUCGCUCACCAGUUGGAGCUGUGUGACGCGUAGCGACAUGCUGCCAGAAAAUUGCGGGGAGGAAUCCGAUAGCCAUUUGGAUUACAUUGAAGAAAUCGAAGAAACUUAUGAAAGCCCCACAAGUGACGAUGAGGAUGAUUAUGAGCCCGAAGUGCACAGUUUCGGAACCAGAAGGGGAGAGCCAGAGAAUGAUCACUAUGCAGUGGGCUAUAGAGGUGUAUCGUGUGUUGUAGGAGGAAAUAUUGUCAAAACAUUUGACGAUGAGGCCAGUUGUAGUGGAAAGUUAAAGUUAUUGGCCACGAUUCCUGGCCUCUCGACUCCUGAUGGAAAGCGGGCUCUUUUCCCAUCCAAACUCAUGUUGCAUAGGCAAGACUCUAACAUGAUCGUGCAAGAUAAGUACAACCCGAACUCGCUGUACAACGUUGAUAUGGAGUAUGGUAAAGUGGUCGAUGAGUGGAAAAUUAGUCCUGAGAAACUCGUGGACUUCUGCCCGGGUCAAAAAUUCAAUCAAAUGCUCCCGGAUUCGAUCUUCGUAGGGGUCUCGCCCAACUAUCUUUGUACUAUCGAUCCACGAUUACCUGACUACAAAGGAGUCGCAGGGAAAAGGUACAGCCCCUCUACCCGGACUGACUUCUCCUGUGUUGUGACUACCGAAUUUGGAUGGAUCGCUGCCGGAUCCAAGAAUGGGGACAUCAGAUUGUAUGACUCGUCGAACAACAUUGCUAAAACUCACCUUCGUGGAUGCAAUGGCUCAGUUUUGGCGCUCGAUGUCUCUAAAGAUGGAGCGUAUUUGGUCGCUACUUACGCGAAGCACUUGGUGCUUUACGACUGCCACAUGGGCUUUAGUAGCAGCAUUGCUAAUUCUGUGAAUGCUUCCGGUAUCAUGGUCAAUCUUGACCCGGGAAAGUUAAAGCAUCUUCAAAAUGAAGGUGUUCUGCUCGUCUACAAACCAGCGAAGUUCAAUUUAGGCCCCAAAGCGACUGAACAAGUUAUUGUCACCUCGAUUGGCCCUUACCUGAUAGUAUUCAACUUACACUCAAUAUUGGCCGGCAAACCUACAUUUGAUGUCAGGAGAUAUCAAGAAAACGUGGUUACCGAUAAUUUUCGAUGGGAUAAUGACAAAGAUAUCGUUGUCACGAUGCCAAGCGAUGUGUUCGUCCAGAAACGAGCCAAAUUGUCCCGACCCAAUCGCCAUUCCAUGUAG